GGAUAUGUGAAAUGUAAAAUGGCUGAUUGUGAGACGUGACGUAUAGGUUGAGAUUGUUUCCAAGUUGUUUUUAUAAUGCAAACUGUUUGCUACAUUUAUUUGUGACAGUAUUAAUAUGGAUAUUCUUAUUACUACUAAUAUGUGUUCAGAAUAAUAUAGAAGGGUGUCGCAAUGUACAGCUGACGGAUGAUAAGUGACAGUGUCAGACACGCUACGCGGUUACGUAACUGAAGAUUGAACGAUGAUGAUAUGCAAGUGAAUAAUUCCGGAUUGAAGUGUUGUAUGGAGAAAAGCAGUGAUGAGCCAGAAUCUGCAGAACACAGCUUUGACACAGCGGUACCAGCCGGUUGCCAUAGUGGGCCCAUUUCAGGACCCUGGAGGCUGCUGGUUCCUCCCUUCAAAACACUCGACCGCAUCGCCUGCCAUCAUGGACAACAACAAGCUGUCGCCCACCUUUGCCCAGAAGAAGGCAGAGGUGAAACUCAACGCGAUGCCUUGGUUCCAUGGGAAGAUAUCUCGUGAUCGUGCAGAGCAGCUUCUCUCGCCCAAGGAGGAUGGCUUAUUUCUGGUGCGAGAGUCAACAAACUUCCCCGGUGACUACACACUGUGUGUCUGCUACCAGGGAAAGGUUGAGCAUUACAGGGUCAAGUACAAAGACAACCAACUGACAAUUGAUGAUGAGGAAUUUUUUGAGAAUCUGUCACAGCUUGUGGAGCAUUAUGAACAAGAUGCAGAUGGUCUGUGUACACAGCUGACAAAAAGUUUACCAAAGAAAGGAAAGCAAGAUUUUUGUGUGGAUACCAAAGCCUUUGUAGAAGCUGGUUGGGUCAUCCAGGAACAUGAAUUAGAGCUGAGGGAAUCGAUAGGGAAAGGUGAAUUUGGUGAUGUGAUGCUGGGGAUCCUCAGAGGUGACAAAGUGGCGGUGAAAAUGUUGAAGGAUUCAAGUGAAGCAGCUCAAAAGUUUCUUGCUGAAGCCUCUCUGAUGACAUCACUAAGGCAUGAAAACUUGGUGCAGCUACUAGGCUUAGUGUUUAACAAUAAAAACAAACACAUUUAUCUGGUGACGGAAUACAUGAGUAAAGGCAGCUUGGUUGACUAUCUGAGAUCGCGGGGACGACUUCAUGUUACCAGAAAGGAUCAGAUCAACUUUGCAUUUGAUACGUGUUCUGGGAUGGAGUACUUGGAAUCUCGAAAAGUUGUUCAUCGAGAUCUUGCAGCACGAAACGUUCUAAUAUCAGAGGAAGGUGCAGCCAAAGUGUCAGAUUUUGGUUUGGCAAGGGAAGAAAAUUUUACGUUGGAAGGAGGAAAACUACCCAUCAAAUGGACAGCUCCUGAAGCACUGAAACAAGGCAAAUUUUCAAACAAGUCAGACAUGUGGAGUUUUGGAAUUUUACUUUGGGAAAUCUAUUCCUUUGGAAGAGUGCCUUAUCCAAGAAUACCUCUUGCAGAUGUGGUGAAACAUGUGGAGAAAGGAUAUAAGAUGGAAGCUCCUGAAGGAUGUCCUCCAGAAGUGUAUGAAAUGAUGAGACAGGCGUGGGAUUUGCUACCCGACAAUAGACCGACCUUUCGAGAUGUAAAAGCAAAACUGGGACAGCUGAAAUCUAUGACAGUCUGAACGGAUAAAGUGAAGUCAUUCUGUCAAAGAAAUAGAUCUGCCAAAAUGUGGCUUUUUAAGUCUUUGUUCAACAGUGUCUGAAGCCAGCCGUGAACUUGACACAGUGUGUUAUUAAGAAGACUUGUAAACAAUUUCAGUUCAGUGCUGUAGAGGUGUGUAAUAUUCCCAUACACUGUUCUUAAUUGCAGUUGCAGUUCCAGGAGAUAGCCCUCUAAUUUUAGUACGAGACAUGAUCCAGUAGAGUGAUGCUGCUUACUAUUCCCAGUCAGCUUUGUGUAUCUAGUAUGUACAUAUGUGCGUGAGUGUGUAAGAAUGAGUGAUUGUACAUUGAGAGAAGAUUUAUGUUAUGGAAGUAAUCAGAUGCAUUUUAUAAUGAUAGGCUAUGCACUGGAGGACUCAGUAUGUAAAUGCCAACUUAAAAAGAAAAGUGGAAAUGUGGGUUGUUUCUGAGGUGGUUGUAUUGUACGCCAUACUAAGAAAAGUUACAGGUAUACUGUAACUAUGGGGCUUGAAACACAUAUCGUACCAAAUUAAAUAAAUAAGUAAAUAAAUUAGGAAUUAGUUUAAUGAGAAAUUUAUUUGCUACUGCUUGCUACGUGACAUAUUGGAUUGUAUGAAAAUAAAUUUGGGAGAUUUUUGUGGCUCAUACCGCUAAGUAAUUUGAUAGUGUCAAAGUGUGUCUGAUUUGCAUAAAGGAAGUUGCUGUUGCAUGCUAUUUUAAUGAAUUAUGGUAUAGAAACUGCGUGUCUCGAUAUCAGGUUAAACUAGUUCAUUUGAAGGGGUCUUGUGUUCUUAGGAGAAAUCCUCCAGUUUUUAUAUUCAGAAAUUGCCACCAUACUAUCAUAAUGGGUUAUUCAUUCACUAGAUGAUGAAUGGAAGAGUGAAAAGAAGUUAUGCUUGAUGCAAUGUUCCAAUCUCUCUCCCUUGAAAUAAUUUACAAGAAUUUUCAAAUCAUGAAUGGAAACAUGAUUGUUUUGUAUUUCAUAAAUACAAAUGCAUGUGUUUUAUGUUAUUACUUUUAGUUUCAAAAAUAUAUUUAUUUGUGAACAGUAAUACCAGUGUAUUAUUAUCUGUCUAAGAUGCUGAGAAGUUCAAAAGUUGCACAAGAAAUUUUCUUUAAGUUGACAUAUGUUGUUCUUUUUUUCAUGCGUCAGAUAUUCCAUAUUCAAAAUAUAUUUUGUGUUGUAUAAAAUUAAUAUAUUUCAUUCAGCAUCUUGUAAAUUUUUCUUUAUUCUGCAGGAAUGGGAAGGAAUUGAAAGUGAACAUGAAGUACAAACACAUUGUACCUCAUUAUGGUCUAUAUGUUUUGUGUAAAAUGUUGUUCAUAUAACUGUUGAUAUUUUGAAUUUCACUUGAGCUGUCAAGUUUUGUGUCAGUCUUACUUUCAAAAUAUGAUAUAUAUUAGAGAAAUUUUGCUCGAAUAUUUUAAAUCUCCAUGUCAAGAUGUUUGGUUUAUAUAGCUUACCCAUUUAUAACCUUAUGAAACUUUCAAACCACACAAAUUGUCUUGUUUUCAUAAAAUCAGUCCUGUAGUUGCUUCACAUGGAAUGCUCUUGGCCCAUUAGUCCUGAGAUCACUGAUUUUAUUACAAGAGCGUAGCAGCUGAGGAUAGGAUUCAUUGGUUGGUUCUUGCGAGCAUGGUACCAUAAAAGUUCGGGAAUUUCUUGCCCCCCCCCCCCACACACACACACACACGCGCGCGCGCGCGCACGACUGCGUAGUGGAGUUUCUUAGAGUAGUAACUGCUGUUAUUUUAAAAAAAAAUGUUAUUCUUCCCUCCUGAAGUAUUUUUAUGGCAGCUGUAAAAUGGCUUCAUUUACAGUUCUUUCAUUGAAUAAGACUAUAGGAAAGAAAUCACUACUUCUAAAUUCAGUUGAUGUUAGAUUCAAGUCUGUACUGACCAUAUUCAUCCAUCAACCGAAAGUAGUCUGAAAAUAUUUAUAAAAAGAAAUUCGCAUCAAAGUAAGCUUCAUCACCGCAGUUGUCUUAACUCCAUUAAUACAGUUAUAUAACCAUUUCAUUUGCAGACUGGUAAUUUAUGCAAAGUACCUUUGAGGUCCUUUUGAGGUACUGAGAUUAAAUCAUAGACUGCUGAAAAGGUUUGUUUUCCGAGAUACAUGUGAUCACGUGGUUCUUUAAUUUAAUGGUUUUUCUGAGUGUUACACAGAGUGCUUAUCACUGUAACAUCAUUAAACAUGAAGAUAAAUAUAGUAAAAAAGUUCUUACAUAUCCUAAUUAACUACCUCUUGAAAGUAAAUGCUGUUGAAUCUGCAACAUAAACCACUUUGUUAACUUCAUAUGUGGUUAUAGGACAUUUUUAUUUCCAUUAAAAUAUAACUUAUUUAUUUGAGAAUUAUGAUAAAUCUGAGUUUCCUAGCUUGUCUCCUGAAUACAAAACAACAGGUAAACAUUUUGGUGUAUUCCCCACUGUGUGAAGAAUUCUAAUGGACUUUAAUGUCAUUUCAAAAUCUGUACAGACAAUCUGCUGUGGUAUGAACGACUCUGCUCAGGAUUAUGGUAUUGGGGAUUAGAACUGACAUGAAUUUGAAAGCAACUCAUUGCUUUUACCUGUCUCUCAUGACCAUUAUUUUCGUAAGUACAGUACUGUGUUUUUAUUUCCAUAAUUUCUGUUUCAUUAAAUUAACUCAAAUAUAAGUAGUAUCAUUAAUGAUA